AUGGCUGAUCCUGUCUCAUCCAGCGGCGAUGGGUCCAGCGUGCGAGCAUGGCACGACUACGAUUGGGAGGAGGUGAUCGCAGGUCGACAGUCAGCCGGAAGGUACUUCGUUCGAAGUGGCCUUGUCCGCAAAGACAAGCUGAUUGGAUUUGUGCCUGCCGGACGCCAUCCGCCAACUGCCAUUGUGCGAAAUUUCCGAGGGCUGCAAGCUGGGCUUUGCACCCUGGGUUGUGGCACGCACAACCACCUCACGAAUGCAGUGCUCUACGUGCUGAAGAAGGCACACUCGUCGAAUGCCAAUGGCAUCCGCUUCUUAACGGAGGGUGAGGCAUUGGCACUCCGAGCGACGUGCUUGCCAGACCGUUUCCUGCGCUGGAUCCUGCCGGCUCCAGCAGCUUUAGUUUGCCUUGUUGCUGCUGCACUUCUCCACCGAAGACAAAUAGGUGCUUGGCCAAAGGCCGUCGUCCUGCUGAGUGGUCUUUGGAUUGCCGUGGGCUGGUCCAAGAGGCGAUGGCGAGAUUGGCGCGAUUUGGCAUCUUGGAGAACUCACGAGCUCCUGAGUGCCAACGAGGAGAAGUCCCAGGUUUGGGUCCUGCAGAGGAAUAUUGAGCCUUAUUUGCACAACGGCUGCAAGUUCCACUUGAGGGUGCUCCUGUUGUGUGUCGGUGACUUGACAGCUUACGUGCACACAGACGUGCGAAUGCUCCUUGCGACCACGAAGUACUGUGAGGGAAGCACCAACAGCUCACGCUUGGAUGUUCACAUCACGAACAUGGGUGUCAACUCCACCGUGCCAGGAUACUCCCAACCGACUCAGAACCUCGGGCUGCAGAUGCUUGGGGAGAAGGUGGCAGACCACAUCUUCAACGAGGUGCUGGGCGUGCUGGGAAGCACCUUGGCAAACCUUCGGGCUGCCGGGCGCCGGCAUUUCUUUGCACUUCCGAACUGCUGGGAGCUUUUCGGGGCAGACUUCCUGGUGGACAGCGGCGGCUCGGCGAUUCUGCUGGAGAUUAAUCCUUCGCCUUCCUUGGCAAUGUAUGGGGAAGGCAGAUCUGUGCGUGAUCUCGUGGGCCCAGACCCGUUCGGUGGCCUUCCGGAUGCCUGGCGGGAGCUGAAGCAAGCUUCAGACGGCAUGUCGGCGCCACAGGAACAGAGCUCACGCUGGCAAGCAUGUUCGUUCUUAAACUUGGAUGUGAAUGGAAUGUGCCCGUUGCCGUCCUGCUCAGAGCGCACUGACCUUGGAAAGUGCGAGAUGCAACUUGAGCAUCCGAAUAACAUGGACCAAGAGUCGUUGGUGAGCGUCUUGGACAGCUUGCUAAGCAAGCAUCAUCAUCGGCUAGUGAUGCAGAUGGAGCAUCUUCUGGACAGACAGGACAGGCGCCGGUCAGUCGCAGUUUCAUCUCAGGGGUCAGAGCUUUUGGGGCCACCGCCUUUUCCAAAACCGGUGCCACCUGGGACGGACAGCGAGCAGGUGUGCCAAGUACCCCCAGCUUUGAACUUAGAUCAAAAGGAAGGCCAAGAACGUCCAUCACAGGUUGAGACAGAAGUCAUCUCCCAUAUCCACACACUGGCAUCCCGCCUUUCCAACAUGCCACCCAUGAUUCGAGAUACGUCGCUGGACAGGUCAACAUCUUAUGAGUUAGCGCAGGUUGCCAGCCAACGUAUCAUCAAAGACUCCGUGCCACCCAGCCCUCCCGAGUUGCCAGUUAUCGGGCUCAGCAACCUGCGCCGUUGUCAGACGCGGCUGUUCGAGUUCGUGAACUCCUGGAUAUUCGAAGCUUUUUUCGCAACCGUGAUCGCCACGAACUCCAUCUUCAUCGGAGUCACAAUCCAGUGGGAAUCAGCCGAGAGGACAUUGAGUCUUCCUUCGACGAUGAUCGGUGUCCAGCUAGUGUACACGCUGAUCUUUCUUUCGGAGGUACUGCUGAAACUGGCGGCCCUUGGUCCGCGCGAGUUCUUUUGCUCCGUGCAAUGGGGCUGGCACUGGUUCGAUGUCUUCGUGGUUGCAUCAGCGGUCUUCGAGUGCUUUGUGGAGGUUGUGACCCAAGAUCCACAACUCUCUGGUUCAAGCAGCAACCUUCGCAUCCUCCGUGUGUUGCGGAUGACUCGGCUGACACGCAUCUUCCGUGUCAUUCGUGUGGUGCGCUUCUUCCGCUCUUUGCGAACGCUUGUCUUCUCAAUUGCCAACACGUUAAAAUCUUUAUUCUGGGCCAUGCUACUCUUGGCACUGAUCAUGUACAUUUUCGCCAUACUCUUCACAGACAUUGUGAACAAUCAUAUGCUGGAGAACGAAGGCUCCGUGAACAAUGAAGACCUUGAGAAGUAUUUCGGGACCCUCCAUAUCUCCAUCCACACAUUGUUCAUGUCAAUUUCAGGUGGACUUACUUGGAAGGAUGCAUCGGGAGCGCUCUCCAACAUUAGCUGGCUUUGGGUGUACGUUUUCUCGUCAUACGUGGCAUUCUCAUGCUUCGCGGUCUUCUGCCAAUCAGCCAUCAAGGGGGCGGAGCGUGAUCAGGAAAUGGUGGUGCAGUCCUUGAUCAUGGACAAGCAACAGCUCAAACAGUCCUUGACCAAGCUGUUUCAAAAGAUGGAUGAUGAAGGCAAUGGCUCCUUGACUCUGGCACAUUUCGAGAAGCAUUUUCAGGACGAGGAAGUCAAAGUCUUGUUCGAAGCCUUGGAAUUGGGAGCUACUGACGCCUGGACUUUGUUCCUGAGCCUGGACCACAAUGAAGACUACCAGAUUCUGCCUGAGGAAUUUCUCGAGGGAUGCCUGCGACUUCGUGGGACAGCCAAGGCCAUUGAUAUUUUCAUGCUGCGAAGGCAGAUAGGUAAGCUUGCCUUGCACCUGUCCGAGACCGCAUGCAGCCAGCAGCAAUUGGCACAGAAGCUGGCCGACAUCCAGUAG